AUGACUCGUAGCCGUAUUGAACUUGCGGAUGCUGUCAAUUUCGUGACCGAACCUUGGCCAGAUGCUAGUUUGGAUCUGUAUUUGAUGAUCCAUUACAUGUUGCUUCGUGAAGAGUUAGUUGGUCCAUUGCGUCUUGCCAUUAACAGUUAUAUUUUCGGCAAACGGUCGAACGAUGUCACCGAUGCGGUCAUUCCUGGCUUACGCAUUUUUGGAACCAUCUCUAGUCCGACGCAUACGGAUCCAUUAAUUAUUUUCCAGGUUCAAAGCAAGAUGCUAUCCACGAUGCGUCAUCUUGUAAAGGAAGGUGCUCUCGCGAUGCUUAUGCCAGAAAAGACGGUGGAUUCGGACGAUCAUCAGCGCUACUUGACCAGCAUGUCAGGCAAAGUCAUUCAUGCCAUCGUCGCCCUCAUUUCGUCCGAAGUAAACGAUACCAAUCUGCUAUCAUUGCCCGAUACGCAUCUUAUUGCCCUUCACGUAUCUCCCGAGGAACUGAAGAAAAUUACUUGGUCAACCACGUAUGUCAUGGUGGUGGGUCAUGCGAAUGCCAACGCUUUGCUCCCUGUGCUUUCAUGGCUGCGUGAACAGAGCUUGAACGUUGAACUUUCGAAUAUUUCACAGAGCAUUGCACCUCGUAUACUAUUUGUAACGGAAGAUGUAAAAGAAAAGGUGAUUUCGCAGGCGGACAAUUCCCCCUAUGCUGUCAAUGAGGAAGACACAGUGCCUGACUACCUGCAUCUGCCCUUGGAUCUUUCCACCGUUAUGGCUCCUGAAUAUGCUGGCAGUAGAGCGAACCCGAGUCUCGAUGAUUGGCCCCGAUUGUCCGAACAGGAACUUCUUUUGCCGCCUUACCAGCGUCCUGCACUUUACACUCUGUCGCCAAGUCAAGUAGAUGCACUCAAAUAUGCCCUCACUCAUCGAAUCGCGGUCAUCUCCGGAGACAUCGGUACCGGUAAAACGUAUCUCGCUAGCAAGCUGGUCGAGCUCAUUUAUCAGGGCCUAGUUGAUAGCCAGUGCUUCCAUCCAGUUGUCGUGAUCACGCGCACCGAAGCUGGCCUGGAUAGCAUUCUCGAUCGUGUCAUUGACACGGUUCCUGACCUCAUCCGCUUUGGUAGCCCGUCGGAAAUCCAACGCUUAACAGAACGCCAAGGUAUCCAUAUAAGCGUUCCCAAUGUCAACGAUCCCAAUCGACGACAGAUCAAUUCCAUUGAAAAGAACCAGGCGUACACACAAGCCAAACUGACCGCUCUGUGGAAUUAUCGUUGGCGCGUGCAAAAUGGGGAUCCUUCGGUCCUAGUAACAAGCAUGCCACCUUCUUAUGCAGAGGCACUCCGCUCCGGUUACAGACAGCUUGUUGGCAGACGAGAUGCGACAGCGUCCUCCGAUGAAGUGUGGAGUUGCUGGUUAAAUGCGGAACCCGUGGACGCGCAACGAUUCAACGAUCAGUGGCGCCAGGCUCAUCAAUCGCUCGUGACAACCAUGAUCGACAAUAAAUCAUGCCGACUCCCUGAUAUCAUGGAAACUCAAAAUUACAUGUCCCGUCAACGAUGGAUUGAAAAGCAUUUGCCUUCCAUCAAUGCUUUGGGUACCGCUACUCACUGGCCGUUGUCACAAUCACGUCAAGGCAACGCGGUUCGUGGUGAUAUGACUGAGGCUUGGUCGACAAUCCCCUCCCAUAGUUUGUGGGAACAAACACCUGAACAGAGACGCAAUAUAGUACAACAAGUCAUUCGUGCUAUGCUUCAGAAUAUUGACAAGGAUAUUGAUGACCUGUUGGAUCAACAGUUCAAAGCGUCAAAGACAUUGGAAGAAGCACGAUGUCAAAAAUUGAUAUCGACUUGCCGCUUUGGUCGGGUUCUCGGUAUGACGGCUGAUUUUGCUGCUGCCAAUCGCGAUUUCCUUGCCGCACUUUGGCCCAAAGUCUUGAUUGUGGAUGAAGCUUCGGAAAUCCUUGAAUCGGUCAUUGCCUCGUCUGCCCUUGGCGUACGUAUGGAACAUCUUAUCCUGCUGGGCAACGGAGAUAGUGAUCACAAGCCAAAGGUGUGGCAUGAUCCUUUACGCGGUGCUCCUUCUCACCUGGAUGUAUCACUGUUUGAACGAUGGCGGCAGUCGGGUGGUGAGAUGGUGAAUUUGGAAGAACAGUGGCGCAUGUGUGAACCUGUCGCUGCCGUCUUCUAUGCAUUGCAACGUCCGUCGGCCUCAGCAGCACUUGACAUGGAAAUCGACAAUCGUGCGGAAGAAACGAAGCCGGGAUUGUUGGGGCUGGAUCACGCAGUUUAUUUUAUUGAUUAUGCCGCCGAUCCUCAAGCUCGUAGUAUUAACAGACAUAUGAGCACCUUUGUUGGAGCUACUGUCACAGAAGACAACAUGGAUGAAGCGCGAUAUGUGUGUCACCUGGCGUUAUACAUGAUGCAACAAAGCGAGAAAUCGCCGAAGCUUUCGAUCCUCGUGUUUUCACCUAUACAAAAAAGGCUUUUGGAGGCGUAUCUACAGUAUGAAAUGCCACAUUACAGCAAUUUCUCGUCGGUUGUUCAGACCAUCGUUAUCCAUCUCGUGGAUGAUCAUGUAGGAAAGGAGGAUCAUGUAUGCAUCGUCUCUACGGCCAUGCCUUGUGGAUCGUCCUUGCCAAAUCAUAACAUGAUGCUUGCCCUGACGCGCGCUCGAUACGGUUUGUACGUUGUGGGCCAAUCCUCUCUCAUGCAAAAAGCGGGCUGGGACAUUUUCAUUGAUUAUAUGAGAGAAAACGAUCUAUGUUCUUCCUCAUUGCGGUUACGAUGUCAGAAACACCGGAAACAACUCCUCCAGGCUGGUCACUGGAAACAUUUUGCCGAGGCCAAAAACGGUGGAUGUCAGGAAAUAUGCAAUACGAUCCUCGAUUGUGGGCAUGUCUGCAAAGAGGCGUGUCAUCAUUUGCCACAUUCUCUGCUUACAUGUAAAAAAUACUGCGAACGACCUCGUUUUAAAGGCUGCACGCACUCUUGUCCGAACAAAUGCUUUGAGUGUGAAAAACGAAAACAAGGAUGCCCUCCUUGUCGCCAUCAAGCGGUGUUGACGUUACCAUGCGGCCACACGCGUUCAGGGCCUUGUUAUACCUUGUACACCUCCGAACCGGCGGUUUGCGACGUAAUUGUGGAGUGCGCCCUUCCUUGUGGACAUAAGCGUAUGGUGGAAUGCCAUAAAGCCACUUCUCCCGAAGCGGCUUCCAGUCUUCGAUGCUCAGAGAUAGAAUUCGUCACGCUUGAUUGCACACACGUGGUGCAAACGACCUGUGGUUUUCGACCUUUAUGUACGGAGCCUUGCUCUGUGACAUUGGAGUGUGGUCAUUCUUGCAAGCAAAAGGUUUCUUGUUUGCGGACAUUAUUGUGGCAAAGUCUUUCAAAAGGAUGUCGCAGUGCGGACGAACAUACCGAUCAAUGCUUGGAGACAUGUCAGCACCGAUGUUUCCAUGGAUAUAAAUGCGGUCGUUACUGCUGGCAAGUGUGCAGUCCCUGUCUCCAACCAUGCCCCAAUGUCUGCCCGCACGAACAAUGCACAAAGAAAUGCUAUGAGGCAUGUGACCGCCGACCGUGUAAUAAAAGUUGUACAAAGACUUUACCAUGCUCACAUAAAUGUUCGGGGCUGUGUGGUGAACCAUGUCCUCCUUGCAAAAAGUGUCAGCCUCACUUGCAGUGCAGUAUUUCUCUUCGCACUCUUGCCGAGUUUGAGGAAAACGAAAACAUUUAUAUGCUACCUGAAUGUGGUUGUGUCUUUUCGGUUGAAUCGCUGGAUACCUAUUUUGUCACGCAAGUGAAGAACGGGAAGCACAAUGCUAUUCGCCUUUGGCAGUGUCCUGCUUGUCAAACGCCGAUCUAUACAGCACUACGAUAUAAUAAAUAUGUCAAGACUGAGAUCGAGCUAGUCAAUACCAUCAAAUCGCAACAGGAGAAGCGACGACAACUUUUAACGCGAUCGGAAAAGGAGGGCAUUAUUCAGGCCAUGAACGAGGAAACACGCAGCGGAAGAUAUAGUGUAGUGGGUGGACGAUGGUUCGUAUGUGAGAACCGACAUCCUUACUUCAUUGGUGACUGUGGAGGUGCGACAGAGAUAUCCAGAUGUCCUCAAUGUGACGUUCUCAUUGGUGGCGUUGACCAUAAAGUAGUGGAAUCUAACCGGUUCUACGGAGAGUUUGACGGCUGUGAUAAACCCGCAUGGCCAGGUCAACCGGGAAAUCAGUAG